AUGAAAUAUAUACUAUUUCUUUUAAUAAUUUCAUUAUUUUUAAAACAAUCAAAUUCAUCAAAAAGUUCUAUUAUAAAAUAUUACGAAUACCAAAAUUGCACAGGAGAAGUAACUAUUUUAAGAACAUUAUUAGACUCCAAUGAUUUUUGUUUCAACUUUCCAACAUCACAAAAUGUAAAAUUAAUAGAAAAAGGUGUAUUUAUAUCAAGCUGCUUACCAUGUCAACAAGGUGAUUAUUUAUGUGGUUUUACAUUGGAAUAUAAUGAAUGUUUUUGGGGUAUUACAUUAUUAUAUGAAACUUUAGAUUAUUAUGAGCGCAAUUAUUGUAUCACAACAGAAACAAAUAUAUUAAAUAAGGAUAUUUUCGACUAUAGAUUUAAAGGAUUUACAGCUUUUAGAAGAAAUACACUAAUAUCUCAUUUCAAUAUUAGUGUAGAUUGCAACUAUGAAAAAUUUACAAUUGUAGAUAUACAUUAUAACCGUUCAUUGGAACUACCACGUGUACAUCCAUCAAUGGGAGAAGGUGAAGAUAAAAAAGUUUUUUUAUUAACAAUUGAAGACUCUGAAUUUUUAACUAAGAGAAAAUACAGAAAUAAAAAAAAUGACCCAUAUUGGGAUAAAAUAUAUUACCAAAUUAUCAACAGCACCAAAACCAAAUAG